AUGAAGCCAAAAAGAAAAAUAAUCCAAGAUUACGGCAAACUAAAGAGAGAAAUUCUCAACAAACUACGUGUUGCGAAAACUGUAGAAGAACAACUUGUUCAGUUUUCAGAAGUUACACGGAAGUUUGACGAAUAUCCCAAUCCAAAUUUAAUCUGCAACACGUUGUCGUUCCUUGCGGAAUGCUUCAGAACUUGUGAUAAGAAUGAAAUCCGAUACUGCCUUUUAAAAGUAUUCAAAGAAACUGAAAAAUACAUUAAGCAAACUGAUAGUGCCGCUCUAGACCAUACAGUGAAAAAUAUUUUUUAUCUUUUGGAAAACCGAAGCAACGAUACUGUGGCUCGUGCAAUAGCUUUGAGGAUUCUUGGUUAUUUAUCCAUUUUAUUAACAGAUCGAAUUGAUAUUCAACAUGGAAUACUUCAACGUUUAGAUUCUACUUUUCCGAUUGAAGCGAAUGCUGCUAUAUUUGCAGCAGACAAGUUAUGCGCUAAAUCUGAAAAAUUUUCUGUCAUUUUAUGUGACAAACUAGAAACCAAAUUUCAAUCCAAUAACUUACAAAUGACUUUUAGAAUAAAAUUAAUACGUAUAUUACGGCAUAUGCAUUGGGAAAUAAGCCUGGCUCAUAAAUCAAGAAAUAUAUGCCUUCAAAUGCUUGAACAAAGUUCUGAUGGAAAAACGCAGUCAGCCAUCUUGAGAACGUUGACAUUAUUAUCUUGGCAUGCACUUGUUGAUAGAUCUGAUCAAGUAGAGCUAUUAACUGAGUAUGCAAUUAACGGUUCAGAUGAAUGUAUGAGAAGUAGCGCUUUGGUUGAUUUAUUGAACUUGGCUAAAAAAGAUUCAAUUUUCAGUAUUUCGCAUGCCUUGAGGUUAUUGAAUUUAGUAGUUAGUGCAUCAGAACAAAUUAUCAAAGUUAAGGCAUUACGUAUAUUGACAGUCUUGAUUAAACGUGGAAGGUUACUCGCUGAUCUUUUGUCACAAGGAUCUGAUCAAGACUUAUGCAUCGAAGCUCUUCAUUAUAUUCAAAGUUGUGAGGACAUGAUUCACCAUAUUAUUGGUGAAGUAAGCAUAGUUGCUGCUCAAUUUUGUGCUGAACUUGUCAUAGAAACACGACGCAUUGUAUCUCAUACAAAUAUUACAAUUUGGGCAGAAUGGAAUACGUACAUUGGAGAACUUUCUUCAAAAAUCCAAUCGUCAAUUCUAUCAACUAUUGUUACAUUGAUGCAAGUUGCAGAUAUAAAUACAUCAGAUCGUGAUAUCCACAGGAAAAUCAUCAAAAAGUAUCUUAAAUUUCUUUUUUCUAUGUGUUUGUCAGAUGACACAAUGGCUUUAGAUGUGUCAAGAUCUAUUAUUGGAAUAAUACAAGAAUAUGUUGUAACGAAAAAUGACGACAUUCUUGUCGAAGUUUCUAAAUUUAUUUUAAUGGUUGGUAAAGUUAGGAGAUCAAUAAUUCAAACGUUAAUGCAAGAUUUAAUCGCAGUCCUGAAAUCAGAUGAUCUUUUGCAAACGCCACGAUCGUUUACUCUCUUGACAAAAGCUGCAUUAAAAGCACCUCCUGAAACUAGCGCAGAAGCAGAAAGUUUUCAACAAGCGAUUAUUGCAUCAAUUAAAAACUUUGGUCAGUCUGAUGGAACCACAGUUUAUAAUAAUCAGUGGGACAUUUAUUUGAUUGGUGUUGAUGCUGGAAAAUCUGGAUGUUUUUCUAUCAUGGCGAAUAUUAUGCAAUUCUUUGUUACAUCUGUUGAUGUAGACGCCUCAAGAUAUUGGUUGAGAGCUCUAAUUAAUAUCGCAACGGCAGAGAAAGGAAUAGUUAUGAAAGUGGGCAUAGAUCAAAUGUUCGAUUUGCAACCAGGGAAAAUCGAUAUUUUGGAUACGGUUGAAGAUUCUAUCCGUCGUUAUGCACAGGGUGACGAGGAAUUAAAUGGAUUUAUGGCACUUAUGGACAUAUCUCAUCAAAGAUUAUUUGCCAAAUGGUUUUACCUUCUUCGAGUUGAAUUUUUUAAGACUAUGAAAUCCCUUUUGGAAAAGUUGAAUCUAUAUAUGAAUCCUAGAAUUAGACGUCAAAAAAAGGAUAUGAUUGAUAUUCAAGAAAUGCUGUUAAGAACCGCACAUAUGCAUGAUUUCGUAGCACAUUCAUUUUUUGAUGUUGAUAAGAAAAGUUUGGAAAUUUUAGAAUCAUACAGGAUUUACUGCCUAAUCUUGGUAUACGCCAUAAAAAGUCUUCUUACUGGAGUUGAAUUAAAUAAAGAACACAUUGAUCCUUCCCUGAUUCCAUUGAUUCCAAUGAUACGACAUUUGAGUAUUGAUAUGAACGGUGUUACCAGCUCAUUGAAAUCUGGUGAGAUAGAUCAACAGGAAAGAUUAGCAUUGUAUACCCGAUCUAUUCAAAUAUUAGGGGAAAUUGAACAGCAUAAGCUUCAAAGUUCUUCAUCGGAUCUAGCAUUAGUUGUUCGUGACUUUGCACGUGCAAUGUUAAAAAUUCCAAUGAACAUUCCGCCAUAUUUUUUUGACAGGCAGCAAAGAACACGUAUCCAUUGGCUUGAUGUCCCAUAUUUUAAAGGAAUCAAUAAAUCAAUUUUGGUUCAAGAAAAGCUUGUUCUCAAAUUGGAAGGAAUAGUACAGUCAGGUUAUGAUGAUGUAUCAAAGAAAUUGCAAAGCAUUGAAAUGAUCAUCUUUGGAUCAAAUAUUGAUUUCUUUGAGAAAUCUAACCCAGAGAAUUCUUUAUUAAAUAACUUAAAAUUUUCAGAUGCAGCAUUAAAUUGUAAAGAAUCUACUACAAAAAAUACUGAAUCAUUGCAAACUUCGGUUGUUGUUUGUAGUGUAGAGAUAAACAAUGUUAAUUAUUUUGCAGCAUCGGUUAUCUUUCCGUUUCCGGUAGGUAAAGACGGUUGUAAGUUUAUUAAUGUUCAUACCAGGAUUGUUGAUGAUCAAUCUGUCAUGUGGACGAUUGGGCCCGACUUGAGAAUAGCGGCUCCUUCUUUCAAUACAAUAGCAUGA